CAAACGUCAACCAGUCCCAGCCAGUCAAACGUCAUUUCAUGGUCGUUUCCCAGCUUUCCACAACAAACCAAUAUGUGCGUAUUUCCCCGUAAAUGAAUGAAAACGGCCGCCUCGCUCCAUGUGAAACCUCUCUCGAAGGCAACGUGCGUUUUUCGCGGUAGCACCCGCUCCCCCGCCUCACCGUACCGAUUUUCUCGACCCUAACCUCACUUCGCCCGACUCGUGAAAAUCGACAAAGAUGAGCCGCCGACCCCCAGGCCCCGUGCCCAACCGCUGGAUGCACUGCCCCCGCAAAGCCGCCGACCUCAUCAUGGGCCACUUCAUGGCGUUCAAGACUCCGCUGAGCGAAGACUACGACAGUGUGGUGCCCCCAGAAUGCAGAUUCCCCCCGCGGAUGCUGUUCGACUUGUGCAGGACUAAGAAGAUUAAAUUCGGCUUGUGGGUGGACUUGACAAACACGACAAGGUUCUACGAUCGGAGCGAAGUGGAUACCGAUGGAUGUAAGUAUAUAAAGUUGCAGUGCCGGGGUCACGGGGAGACGCCCUCCAGGGAUCAAACAAACACGUUUAUCCAAUUGGUGCAUAAUUUUAUCACACACCAUCCAUUAGAGAAAGUUGCGGUGCAUUGCACUCACGGAUUUAACAGAACGGGAUUUUUGAUUGUCUCGUAUUUGGUGGAGAAAAUGGACAUGGAGUUGGAGUUGGCGAUCGAGACCUUCGCGAAGAUGAGGCCUCCGGGAAUUUAUAAAUCCGACUAUCUGACAGAGUUGUAUAGUCGAUACGACGACGUCGCCGACACUCCCCCAGCCCCGAAUUUACCCGAUUGGUGCUUCGAGAACAAAGAAGGCGAAUCUCCGCAGCAGAAUAGCUACGAAGAACCCGCUUCCUCGUCAAAUUACGGGUCAUCCAGGAGAGGUUCGAAGAAGGCGGCCUUCAUGGAGGGGGUCCCGGGCGUGACCUUCUUCUCCGAGCAACCCAAGUCCUUCCACGUCCAGAAAAAGGUGCAGAUUAUGUGCGAAUGGAAGAAGAAGAAUUUUCCUGGGUGCCAGCCCGUGUCCAUGGACAUCCACAAUAUCACCCUUUUGCACCAGAAGCCGUACAGAGUGUCGUGGAAGGCCGACGGGAUGCGCUACAUGAUGCUCAUAGAUGGCGCUGACGAAGUUUACUUUUUUGACCGGGACCAUAACCCGUUCAAGGUCCGGGGUUUGACGUUUCCGCACCGGAAGGAUCUGCGGAGGCACCUGAAGGAUACUCUUCUAGACGGGGAGAUGGUGAUUGACAAGGUCAACGGCGAAGACAUCCCCCGUUUUCUAGUUUAUGAUAUAGUGAAGUUCGAGGGGCAAGACGUCGGUAAAAUGCCCUUCCACCCCACACGUCUGCACUGCAUAGAAAAUGAGAUCAUUAAACCGAGGUACAUGGCCAUGGAGAACGGUCUCAUCAACAAGACCUCCGAGCCGUUCAGCGUGCGCAAGAAGGACUUCUGGGAGAUAACGCAAGCCACCAGCUUGCUGGGGGAAAAAUUCGCUCGAACUUUAUCCCACGAACCCGACGGCUUGAUCUUCCAGCCGGCGAAGGAGCCCUACGUGGCCGGUCGCUGCGACGAGGUGCUCAAAUGGAAGCCUCUGGACAUGAAUUCGGUCGACUUUAGGCUAAAAAUCGUGAAAGAGGAGGGCGAAGGGAUCGUCUCCCGGAAGGUGGGAUUCCUGUACGUGGGGCAGUUGGACGCGCCCUUCGCGAAAAUGAAGUACACCAAGGCGAUGAAGGACUUGGAUAAUAAGAUAAUCGAGUGCAAGUUCGAGGAGAACCAGUGGAAGUUUAUGAGAGAGAGGACUGAUAAGUCGUAUCCGAAUAGUUUUAAUACUGCCAAAGCUGUUUGCGGGAGUAUUCAGAAUCCGAUUACUAAGGAGAAACUGCUGGAUUAUAUCGAGAGGUAUAGGUUUGACGACGAUAGUGAGAUGAUGCCGCCACCUGGAAAGAGGAUAAGGAGAUGAUUGCUUGGUUUUUUUAAAUAUGAAAUGUUGGUUUAUUUGCGUAAAUAUUUUUUUAUGAUAUACAAGAGAUGAUAGGUGGAUCAUAUCGAGCUCACUCAGUUUUUAAACUUGGUAAUUGCUGUUAUAAUUUUAAUUUAUUUAUAAGAAUAAAUUAAUAAUGAAAA